AUAUUGCUCUUAGCUUACUAACAAAUGACUAUAUAAAUAUUUUGUUGAGUAUAAACUUUCCGUUUCAGGAGAGAUGAGUUGCCAGAUUUUUAAUUGUAGUAAUUUUUUGGUCAGAACAUGUGUUUUAUUUGAAGGCAUAAAUUCGAAACUGAGCCCUGAGAGUGAGAGGUUCCUACUUUAAAUCUUUUAUUCUUAGUAGGUAAAAUUAGGAAUUGGUUCAAAACCAAUCAGUUUGUAAGUUGACCGGACCGGUGGAUCUUCAGUUAACUGAAAAGAUAAAUAUUUGUCAUUUUUUUUAUUUAGCUAUCCAGAAAAAUGUCUCGCAGUUCUAAAACUACAGCUAAUGCCAAGCUAAUCCCAAGUACUCUUUUGGAAGUAAAGAGUAAGUUUGAUGCAGAGUUCCGACGCUUCAGCAUAGAGAGGAAUAAAUUUGACACUCUUGAUAGCUUCAGAGAUUUAGUGGAAAGCAUUCACUGCCUUCCGAAGAAUGCAGGAAUUGUUCUGUCAUAUACAGACCCUGGAGAUGGAGAUCUUCUGCCACUCAGCAAUGAUGACAACUUCAGAAAAGCUCUUCAGAUUAGGCGGACACUACUGCGUAUUAGUGUGCAAAGAAAGGGGGAGAGCUUGGAUUCACUUCCAAAUGGAUCCAACUCCAAGUUGAGUCUUUUAUCUCCGUUUGGUGGAACACAGAGCAAGAACAGGUUGCAGAUAUCUUAUCCUCAAGACUUCAGACAAGUUGCAGCCAUCAUUGAUGUAGAUGUUGUGCCUGAAGUGUGCCGGAGAGUGCGCCUGCUGAAGCAUGGCAGUGAUAAGCCUCUUGGAUUUUACAUUCGUGAUGGCACGUCCGUGCGGGUAACAGCUCAGGGACUGGAGCGAGUCCCUGGUAUAUUUAUUUCCCGGCUUGUUCCCGGGGGCCUGGCUGAGAGUACGGGUCUCUUGGCUGUGAAUGAUGAAGUCUUGGAGGUGAACGGCAUAGAAGUCAAUGGCAAAACCCUUGAUCAGGUGACGGACAUGAUGGUAGCCAAUAGCAGCAACCUGAUCAUCACUGUGAAGCCUGCCAAUCAACACACUCUCAGCCAACACCCUCGCAGGGGUUCCUUCUCCCGCAACUCUGGUGUAUCGUCUGCCGGCUCUCAGCUCUCCAGAGCAUCCCACCUGUCACAGAGCUCGCAGCAAAACAACUCUGACGACGAUGCAUAUGACGUUGAUGAAAUUAAAGACUUGACUCAAGGAAUGUCGCUUAAAGGCAACGUCACACAAAAUUCUGGUGAUGCCAAGUCUGACGAAGGUGUGCUUCAUUUGUAGAUGAAGCUGGCGUUAUAGUAUGCUGAAUGUGAGCCUUAUGUUUAUCAUGAUUGUUGAGUAAUGUUGUCAGAGCUUCACAGCAUCUUUUUAGCAAUCUUGUGUUUUCUUUUAACUCGUGUAACAAAGAACUUUUCUAAUGUCUACUGUCCUUUAGCGAUACUUUUGCAACUGCUUUGAUUAUAUAAUGCUGCUAAUGCUUAGAAGAAUCACUGCAUCAUAUUAAUAUCUGUCGAUAAUGCCACAACCAAAGCACUGCGCUAACGUAGCAAGCUGACAUUCUGUUUCACCUUUGAUGAUCAGAUGCCUUAUUGUGCUCUUUAUCAAAAUAAUUUGUACUUACGUAAUUUGCUGAUCUUGAUAACCCCUUUCCUUUACCUAGACUAGGCAUCAGGGCUGGCAUUCAAUGAUUGAAUUGUUUUCAUUUUGACAAUAAGGGCUUCACUUAACAGAUUUUAUCAAUGUUUUUACUUGUAUUUCUUCUUAGACCUUUGAAAGAUUCCUAAGAUAUUAUUACCCGUUCCAUUGUUUUGAGAUAUGUGAAAGGCAACUGCCACAUGAAGAUGGAAAGAAUGAUAAGUCCUAAAUUUCUCAGUUUUUAACUGUUGUUAUCAAUCUUCAGUCUAACGUCCAACAGUUUUCAGUUAAGCCUGAAUAAUCAGUUUAGCAUCAAUUAAUCAUAUUGAAUGAGUUAAUCAAAUCUGUACAAGAAAAUUACUCUGUUUUCAAGAUUUUCAUCUGCUGAAUGCAGGCUGCUCUCAUCCCAAUGGCGAAAUAAGUAUUUGAAAAGUAUAAAAUUUGAAAUAAAUAUGAAAUUUGAUAAUUAACUCACUGUUGCUCUCAUCAAAAUUGAUUUCUCGUAGUAUCUGUACUAAUGUUUUGAGUUUUGUGGGUAAAAUUUUCAGUCAAUUGGUUUGUUAUCUCACCGUUUUUGUUACUUCAGGCACAUGAUCGUUGAUCGCGAAGGUAUCUAUUGUCUGAAUUUAGUAAUUUUUGCAUCAAACCUCAAUAUGAAAUUUGUUGGUUGUUGAGAAAUGUCAAUAAACAAUGCUUGAGGCAGCUACCUAUAGCAUAUCAAAACACAGAAGCUAGGAGACAGCAGCGUGCAGCUAAUGGACAGCUGGGGGCUAUCAAUGUAUUUGUUGAUUUUAAUGACAUUAACUUCUAUUUUAAUAUUGUUAAUGAAAAAAUUACGUUGUAAUUAUGGAUUGCCUCCUGAUUUAUCGACAUCAGUCCCGCUCGGAUGAUUUUUGUCUCUAGGCAAUUAAGGCGAAAAUUAUUUCAUCAAAGUACCAUGUAUAAUUGAUUGAUUACAUAAAGUAUAAAUGCAUUUAAUGCUAGUGAAUCAAUCAGGGAUUUUUUAUCGUGCGCCUAAAUAUGAACAUUGCACUGCAUUAAUAUUUUGUAUCCAAUCAAUAGAAAUGAAUUAAUGAAUUGUCCAUUGAACUUACCGUACGUUUUUGAAUUUAUUUUGUAUCAUGGAAGGCUUGGCAGUGCUUUGUGGGAUUUUUAUUCAUCUACCGUGACCUUAGUAACCUUAUGAAUGUAAAGUUAGUUUUUGCAGAUUCUAUCCGCAGUACUAAGACUGAAAUAAGUAGCUUUGUGAUUUCAUAUUAUAUGCGCGCCUGAAAUUAUUUCACUUACAUGCAUGAAUAAGGUUUUUAGAGCUUCGUUCCUCUUGCCUGAUCGUGGACUUAGUUUAGGUAGAAGCAGCGGUUUGCGACUGUAACCUCAAUCUUUAAUAAGGACGAGUGUAGAUAUUCCUUCAAAUUGAAAAAAUGGCAUUCUUAUUAAUCUAACUUUUCCUUAUGAAGAGCUGCACCCUAAAUAUACGAACUCCUUCAAACUAUGUCAAAAUUUGAUAUUGCUGCUACAAAUGUGUACAUGUAAACAUUUAUAAUCUGCUCACCUUGCCAUCCGUAAUAAUGUGCCUUUCGACGACGUUUAAAGUGUUAUUGUAUGUUAAAAUAGCUGUUCAAGAGAAAUAUGUUUAUAUCUGGGUUCUGUGAUUGUAAAAUAUAAUCUUGAUUAGGGUCCAAAUAUUGGUUGUGAGUAUGACAUUCCUAUGCAUUUGCACUACUCUGAAACGAACGUUACUAUAACUUGCAUUUUGUGGCCUUGAAAAGUUGCCGGUCCAGAAUUUGCUGAAUUUUUAUAUCAAAGACAAAAAGAAUCGUGUUGAUGAAAUGCAUUUAAUACAAUCUUACAUUCCUCGUAGGUUGAAGCCAUUGAACACGUGUAAACGUCUUGCUGUAUAAUCAACAUUCUCGGUAUUAUGUAUAUGUAGGAACUCAAAUCUUUUAUUGGGAAACGUGUAUUUCUUGUAUAUAUUUUUCUAAUACAUUCGAAGAGUUGGAUUUUUGCUCUACUGUCUCCUAGAUAAUUGUUGCCAAUUGUGUACCGAUUACAAGACCUCAAUCAUUACGAGUGGGAGUACCUGAUGGGUUCAGAUUAUUCCGUCAAAUCAUCAUCUAUUAUAAUCAACUUUCAAUAAUUUAAUUAUUUUCUGCUGCUUGUUACCCUGGCAACUCUCCGCGAUCUGAAUUGUCGCAUCGUACGCGAUUUCAAUCACUGUAUCGUACUUGAUUUUAAUCACUGUUUCGAACGUGAUUUUAAUCACUGUAUCGUACGCGAUUUCAAUCACUGUAUCGUACUUGAUUUUAAUAACUGUUUCGAACGUGAUUUUAAUCACUGUAUCGAACUUGAUUUUAAUCACUGUAUCGAACUUGAUUUUAAUCACUGUAUCGUACUUGAUUUUAAUCACUGUAUCGUACGCGAUUUUAAUCACUGUAUCGUAUGGGAUUGUAGUCACUGUAUCGUACGCGAUCGUAAUCACUGUAUCGUACGCGAUUUUAAUCUCUGUAUCGUACGCGAUCGUAAUCACUGUAUCGUACGCGAUUUUAAUCUCUGUAUCGUACGCGAUCGUAAUCACUGUAUCGUACGCGAUUUUAAUCACUGUAUCGUACGCGAUAUUAAUCACUGUAUCGUACUUGAUUUUAAUCACUGUUUCGAACGUGAUUUUAAUCACUGUAUCGUACGCGAUUUCAAUCACUGUAUCGUACGCGAUUUUAAUCACUGUAUCGCACGCGAUUCGAGUUACUGUAUCGUAAGCGAUUCAAAUUAUUGUAUCGUAAGCGAUUGUAAUCACUGUAUCGUACGCGAUACGUAUUUUUGUAUCGUAGUCUCGGGCCUGAUACGUACACGUAAGAUUUGUGCCUUAGUUUUAAGUGGCGGGCUUUUGUGUCUGCGUUCUUGUGCCUUCCAGUCUUCCUGCAUUAGAUUUAAAAACAAUAUUAUAAACAUGGUCGCAUUGAACCCUUGAACUUUUUUUCUUUCCCUAAGAUUUCUUGUCAAGAAGUGAUUAUCGAUUUCCAGAAACAUCUAUGAUUUCCAAGAAGCAUCAUUUACUAAUGAAGUUUGAAUCCGUUAAUUCAUAUUGCAACUUUUCUAAGUGUUUCCAAAGACGAAAAAAUAUGUAUUCUGAUCUCGCUGUUCUCGCUUGGUUUAGGAAUUCGUAUCUUUUAAUGUUAUUGUCAUUUAAUCUAUAUUGUAUCUUCAAUUACCUAUAUGAUUAAAGUGUCCAUGUAUUAUUGUU